AUGGAUAAUCAACAAUCUGAUUUUCCAUUAUCAUCUGGUGAUUCUAAUCUACCUUCUCAACAACCUCAACAAUCCCAACAACAACAAUCAUUCUCACAACCACCACCACAACAACAACAACAGUUUCCGCAACAACAACAACAACAACAUGGUGGAAUUCAAAUUACUCCUCAGUUUCUAGCGUCUUUAACUCCACAACAAUUACAAAAUAUGAGGGCUAAUCCUCAAGUCCAAGAAAUGAUUAAACAAAUGAUAUUAAGACAACAACAUCAACAACAAUUACAGCAACAACAACAACAAAAUAAAGGAAUGAACAUGCCACAAGCACAACAACAACAAUUUCAGCAUGAACAACAACAACAUCAGCAGCAACAACCACAGCAGAAUCAACAACAAUCACCCAUGGAUUUUAACAAUGAUCAAAGACAACAAAUGCUAGCUAAUAAACAAAGACUACAAAAUCAAUCACAAGGAUCAUCAUAUCAACAACAAUUGGAGAAUUUCCCACAAAAUCUGCCACCGUUACCAAAUCAAGGAGGUCAAAAAGAAGCCAUUUAUAGGCAAGAUGUACCUAAUCAAAUGUCACCACAUAAUAUGCAUCCACAAGUUGGUGGAUUACCUGGAAGUUUACCAAUAAAUAAUAUGCCUAGUAGAUCUUCAAUGGGAAAUGGUGCAGGUACAUCAGUAAAUCCAAAUCCAAAUUUCACAACUGAACAACCAAAAAAUAAUCAAUUACCUUUUAAUGGUGUUACUCCAGUAGUUGGUGGUCAAUCAGCUGGAAUGAACCCUCAAACUCAACUUUUCAAUCAACAACUGCCAAAUAUAAUAAGGAAUCCAUCAAUAAGUCAAGCUCAAAAAAUAAAUUCAAGUUUAAGUGUACCGCUCUCAUUGGCAUCAAGUACUUCUCAAGAAUUAGCGAGUAAAAUGCCUAUGGUUCAAUUGAAAAGUUUUAAUCAAUGGUCAUCAAAAUUAAUUAGUGAAAAUAAACCAGUUCCUUUAGAUACAAAAGUUUAUGAAAACAUUAUUAAAAAAGACGGUGAUUUUCUAGCAAAUUCUGCGAAACAAAAUAAUGAUAUAAAAUCAUCAAUAGAAGAUUUAGCAAAAGAUUUACAACAUUAUAAUCAAGUAAAACAAUUAAGAAUGGCUUCAAUCCAAUUAAGCUCUAAAAAUCAACAAAAUAAUAGUAUAUGGGGAGAAGGUUAUCAAGGAUAUGGGAAUGGCGUAACUAAUACGAGUACAAAAUUAAUAUUACCAAGACGUGAUUAUACUGACAGAGAAAUAAAUGAAAAAAUUUUACAACAAAGUAUAAAUGGGAAACAGUAUGUACCAAUAAGAUUAGAGUUUGAUCAAGAAAGAGAUCAAUUUAAAUUACGUGAUACAUUUUUAUGGGAUUUAAACGAAGAAGUUAUAUCAGUUGAAGAAUUUACAAAUCAAUUAUUACAAGAUUAUAAAUUUAUACCAAAAAUUCAUUAUCAAACAAUCUUAAGUUCUAUAAAGGAACAAAUUGCUGAUUUUCAACAAAAACCAAAUAAAACAACUGGAGAAAUAAGAAUACCAAUAAAGAUAGAUAUUGUAAUUAAUAAUACUCAAUUAACGGAUCAAUUUGAAUGGGAUAUUUUGAAUUCAAAUGAGAAUGAUCCUGAAGAAUUUGCCACUACAAUGUGUGAUGAAUUAUUUUUACCUGGAGAAUUUAGUACAGCUAUUGCUCAUAGUAUAAGAGAACAAAGUCAAAUGUAUCAUAAAGCAUUAAUUUUGUCAGGUUGUAAUUUUGAUGGUACACCAAUAAAUGAUGAUAGUAUACGUAAUCAUUUAUUACCACCAUUACGUUUAGUAUCAAAAGAUUAUCAAGUUGUUGAUGAUUUUUUCUCCAUAUUAAGAAAUCCAACAAAUGUAUCAGAAUUUAGUCCACAAUUAAUAAAAUUAACUGAAUUAGAAGUUGAAAGAAAAGAUAAAGAAAUGGAAAGAGAAAGUAGAAGAAAAAGAAGACAUAAUUAUAAUGAAGAUGUACAAAUUAAUCUUAAUGGUGGUGUUAUAAAUAGUGCAGGAAGUUUUAUAAAUGGUAAUAUUGGGACAAGUUCAGGUACAACAAGUUCUAGAGGUUUUACAUCAUCAAGAAGAAAUGCAGCUCAUGUUGGUAGAGGUAAUACAGCUCCAGAUUUAUAUACUGUUCCUAAAACUUUUAGAACUCCUGCUCCAUCAAGUAUUCUACCAGGUGCAAUUGAUUUAGGAGUACCAGAAAUUUAUCAAUAUGAUGAAGUAUUUGUAAAUAAAAUUCAAGUUAGAAAUCCAAAUUAUAAACCUCCAUUACCUGAACCAGUUGAUAAUGAUAGAGUUGAUUAUGAUCAUGAUCCGUUAGAAGGGACUUUUAUGAAUUCAAAUAUUAACUCAAACUACCAAAAGCAAAAAAAAGUAGAUCCAUAUAAAUCUUUUAUAGCAGGAGGAACAGCAGGUGCAAUUGAAGGAGUUAUAACUUAUCCUUUUGAAUUUGCUAAAACCAGAUUACAAUUAAUAGAUAAAUCCACAACCACAAAAACAUCAAGAAACCCUUUAGUAUUAAUAUAUAACAUAGCUAAAACUCAAGGAAUAUCAAGUUUAUAUGUUGGAUGUCCUGCUUUUGUAGUUGGUAAUACAGUAAAAGCAUCAGUAAGAUUUUUAGGCUUUGAUUAUAUAAAAAAUUUAUUAUCUGAUAAAAAUGGGAAAUUAAGUGGUCCAAGAGGAGUUAUUGCUGGAUUAGGUGCUGGAUUAUUAGAAAGUAUUGUAGCUGUAACUCCUUUUGAAGCUAUAAAAACUGGUUUAAUUGAUGAUAAACAAAAUUUAAAACCAAAAUAUCAAAAUGGAUUGGUGAGUGGUACAUUUAAAUUAAUUAAAGAUAUGGGGUUUAAAGGUAUAUAUGCUGGAAUUAUACCUGUAAGUUUAAGACAAGCUGCAAAUCAAGCAGUUAGAUUAGGUUCAUAUAAUGCAAUAAAAACAAUGAUUCAACAAGCAACUGGUACACCACCAAAUCAACCAUUAAGUUCAACAUCUACUUUUUUAGUUGGAGCUUUUGCUGGUAUAAUUACUGUAUAUACUACUAUGCCUAUUGAUACUGUUAAAACAAGAAUGCAAGCUUUAGGUUCAAAAAAAUUAUAUAAAUCUACUUUAGAUUGUUUUAUUAAAAUAUUUAAACAGGAAGGGUUAUUAACUUUUUGGAAAGGUGCUACACCAAGAUUAGGGAGAUUAGUAUUGAGUGGGGGUAUUGUAUUUACUAUUUAUGAAAAAAUGUUGGUAAUAUUAAAUUAA